GUGCUGUAAUAAUAUUUCAAUGAUUAUUGUUUCAAUUCAAUAUGUAGUAAAAGCGCAGUCGUUCGCAUUUUCUUCCUUUUGGUCAGUUGGAGCGCAGAAAAAUUUUGAAGUCACGAAACCACCACUCGAUUACCUUUCGCCUAACUCACAUCCAUGAAUCUAAGCACAUCACCGGUAGCAGCACCAGGGCAAAUAAAACGCAAAUCCUCAACGUCUUCAGCAUCCAGUAAGGCUAAAGCGUCUUCACCGUCCUUAAAGAGAGCUGGAUCUUCGGCAGGGAAGAGAGUUGUUAAACGUAAUGCAAGUACACCACCAGUACGUGGGUUAUCACGCGAUCCCUCAGUAGGACCUUCGGAGGCAGACAAUGACGAAACAAUCAGCGAAAGAGGCAGUUCACAAGCUCCUCCAAAUGAGGAAGAGAAGGAAAAGGUGGCUGAAGAAGAUGCUGGUGAAGAGAGUGAAGAAGAAACCAAAGACCUCGGGGUGGAUGAUUUCGAUAUGAGAAUGAUGAUUCAAUCCGAACUGGAUCGCCGAAAGCAAGAUAUGAGGUUGUUGAUGGAAAGUUUUUCCGACGAACAAAUGGCUCGCUUUGAAGCCUGGAGUCGAUCUGGAUUCAACAAAAACAACGUUCGAAAGCUGGUCAGUCAGGUACUGAAUCAGCCGUGCUCUCCGACAAUGGCACUUGCAGUUGCUGGUUUCGCAAAGGUUUUCGUUGGUGAGAUCAUAGAAAAAGCACGCGAAGUCAUGUCAGACUUGAACGAGGAAGGACCCAUGCGCCCAGAUCAUAUAAGAGAAGCUUAUAGACAGUAUAAAAAGGAAACAGGGUUAAUACCUGAAAACAACUACCAGCGACGACUCUUGCGAUGAUCAAGCCAGCUUGGUAGCCUAACUUCAGUUGACUCAUAAAAGAGAUAUACUAUCUUCUUGUCUCUCUCUCUGGUUUCAUCAUACCCUCGAUUGGAUGUCUCAGUUCCAUACAAAUACUUGAUAUCAUGUACAAAAGCGAACAGAAAAUUUGUAGACGUAGACGAACACGAGCAAAGAUGUCACAUAUCAAUUAUAAAAAAGUUCUUCGCUGGAAAGAAAGAAAAAAAAAAAGAAGUAAUAAUUAUAUAUGUAAAAGAAG